AUGGAUUUCGUUACCGGUUUGCCAAGAUUGCCAAGGGGGCAUGAUGCCAUUUGGGUGAUAGUUGAUCGAUUGACCAAGUCAGCGCGUUUCUUACCUAUUCAGGUUACAGAUUCGAUUGAUAUGCUUAGUCGUUUGUAUAUCUGCGAGAUUAUCCGUCUGCAUGGGAUUCUUGUUUCUAUUGUGUCGGAUCGAGAUCCAAGGUUUACCGCGCGCUUCUGGCAAAGUCUGCUAGCCGCUCUUGGCACCAAUCUUUUAUUUAGCACCGGCACAUCAUCCUCAAAUGGAUGGGUGUCGCCGCGUCGGGGAUUAUCUCAUUUUGGGCAAAAGGGGAAGCUUUCACUGCAUUUUAUCAGACCGUUUGACAUUAUCGAAAAGAUUGGGGAAGUCGCAUAUCGAUUGGCCUUACCACCGAAGUUAUCGGGCGUUCAUAAUGUGUUCCAUGUGUCGAUGUUGCGGAAGUAUGAGCCGGAUCCGUCACAUGUUCUAGAGUGGUCCGAACUAGAGUUGGAAGCCAAUGCAUCUUACGGGGAAGAGCCGAUACGUAUCCUAGAUUCGCGAGAGCAAGUUUUGAGGGAGUAUUUGUGGCAUAAUGGUGACAUUGUUGGCAUCAUGUAUGCAUGUGAUCAUGAAAAAGUCCUAGUUUGCAUAUUGAGUAAGAAAGUAGUCGUUUGGGUUGGAAGUUGGGAUAGGGAGUCUCGUAACGCAAGGGGUGGUAAUACGGAGACUCGAGUGGAUCUUGUAACGCAAGGGGUGGUAAUACGGUGA